UUAAACAAUUAUAUAUGAGUGAAAACAAAAUGGCAAACAAACCACGUAAACGUGCUCAGAAUUUCUCCGAAGCGGAAAAAAUAUGUUUAAUAAAUUUAAUACAACAAUAUAAGGACGUUCUGGAAAAUAAAAAAUCUGAUGCGGUAACCUCAAAGGAUAAAGACAAAUGUUGGAAAGUGAUAGAACAUUUAUUUAAUAGUAGAUCUUCGGGCGAAUUUCGAAAUUCUGAAGUUUUGAAAAGCUGCUGGGAUAAUUUAAAGAAAAAAACAAAAUUUUUUGCUGACGAAAAAAUGCAAAUAUAUAAAACAGGUGGAGGACCUUAUGUUUCCAAAUCAGAUGUGAUUCUGGAACGUGCUCGAGAGAUUAUUAAACCUUCAGUUGACGGUUUAACUAACAACUUUGAUAGUGAUGAUAUAACAGAUAACAAUAUAAAUCCGUGCAAACUUCCUUGCACAAAUUUAAAUAAAAAUUUAAAUGAAACAAGUGAUGAUGAUUAUACUAUGCUUGAAUGGCUCGAUCAAAAUAAUGAUAAUACCAAUGAUAGCCUGCAUGAAAAUGAUGUACUAAAUUUAUUUAAAAAGCAAAGCACCGCUGGCAUGGAGAAAGCAAUGGAAGACGAUACUGAAAGUGACAUUAAUUUAGAGUUAAACACAAAUAAUUUACAUUGUAACAAAACGCCCCUCCACCUCGCGCGCACGGCCACUCCACUCCUUCUACGCACUGAUAACAAGAAUUUAGAAAGCAAACUGCAACAAUCGAAACAAAACAUUGAUAAAACAUCUGCAGUAGGAGUACUAACAAGUAAUAUAAGUACUCCACUUAAAAGAAGAAAGCUUUUGGACAGUUCAGGAAAUAAAGAACGGUAUAAGAAACAAGAAUCUAUAAUUUCGAAAAUAGCACAGUGUAAUAUAUUAGGAGACUCAAAAAUAGAACUUGUGCAAUUUAUGAUAGAAGAUUUAAAGAAGAAAAGCGAUGUUGAGAUAGACAUAUUGAAAACGCAACUCCAAAAAGAGAAAUUGGAAGUACAAAUAUUGCAAAAGGAACUAGAAUUAAUAGAAAAUAUAUUACAAAGCAAGCAACAAAAGUUAAUGUUUAAUGUUUAA